AGGAAGUAAGGAGGCGUUUCCGCAAAUCUGAGCGCUGCCUGCUUACAGUGUGUGUUUUGCCAAUGCAUUCAUCGGGAGGAGGACGUGAGAUUUUUUUUUGCUUAUCCUGUGAUUUACUGUGGGAGGCCAACUGAGGGUGUUGGCUGGUGCCGCUUUGCUGCCGCUGCUCCGCUUUCACUGUCGCGACGCUCAAGGGCGGACCAGCGCGGCGGCCGGGAGAAAACUCCAAGCAAGGUUUGACCCGAGCAGCUGCCUAGAAUAAAGCUGAAGCAAAGGAAGGCGUCAUGGCCAGCUUCCAGAUCCGAAAGUACCGGGACGAGGACUACGAGACGGUGAAGGAGAUCUUCACCCUGGGCAUGAGCGAGCACGUGCCAGCCGCCUUCGUGCACCUGCUGAAGCAGCCCCUCCCCCAGAUGGUGCUCAUGUGCGUCUUCUGGGCCCUGCUGGCCAGCUCCAAGUCGCUCGUCUUCCCUGUCAUGGCCGUCACGCUGCUGCUGGCGGGAGCCCGUCAGGGGCUGAACUGCAUGUUCAGCAGCUACAUUGAGCAGUGUCUGCGGGAAGACCUCCGCGACAUUCGGAAGAGCUACAUGGGAGGCCAGGACUCGUGCUUCUGGGUGGCGGAGAGCGAAGGCGGCGUGGCCGCCACUGUGGCCUGCUGUCCCUCCGAGAGGGAGCAGGGGUGCUUGGAGCUGAAGAGGAUGUCUGUGAAGAAGAGUCACCGGGGCCAGGGCAUGGCCAAGGCCCUCGCCCAGACCGUGGCGGACUUCGCCAGGGCGAGGGGCUACGAAGCCGUGCUGCUGGGCACCUCCGUGGUCCAGUACGAGGCCCAGAAACUCUACGAGGGAAUAGGCUACAAAAAGACCAACGAAACCCUCGUGCCAAAUCUCGUUGGUAAAGUGACCAACUUCACGAUUUUCGAAUACAGGCUGGACGUGUUGGAGAGAGAGGCGUAGGGGGAAAAAAAAACAACUGGCUCGCGGUCCGUCUCCUCAUUUCAGGACGCUCUGGGAUACAGGUGGCUUCACACCUGCUCAUUUGAAUUGUGCGGAAUAAGAUUCAGACGCGAGCUUCCAUUCUGAUGAGAAUUAUUGGACCCUCCUUUUAAGUCAUAAGUUGUGUAUGUGACUUAUUAAGCCAGAACAUGAAUCCUGUGAAAGAUACUUUAGUCAUUCUUGAGUUUGCCUGCUAAAUCAUCAGUCAAUAUUAAUUGCUCAGUAGCAAGAUGACAACUUGGCGCCUGUAUUAGAAAUGUGUAAUAAACUUUAUUAGGGGCUGUGUAGGGGCUGAAAUCUCCAUUACUUCCUAAGCGGAUGUACUGUAAGCAUCUGAGUGUUUUUAAUACAGGGUCCAGAAGGCUGGGCCAGUUAGGUGAUUUAUGAACAGAUGUGAGAAGAAUACUUCAAAAGCUCUGCUAUUUGCUUUUUGUAUUAAUGGAAAUAUUUUUUUCAGUUUUUUUUUUUUAAAUAAACAUUUAACCAUGGCCUGUAAAAACGUA